AUGUCUCAAGUUGGCGCAGUGCCGCAAUCAUGCUCGAUUUUGCCCGAGAAACCACCGGCAGAGAAAGCCCAUGUCUGCUCGCAUCCGGGCUGUAACAAGCGCUUCACACGUGCAGAGCAUCUUCGCCGGCAUGCGCUGAACCACAAGAACGAGGACAACACCUGCGAAAGGUGUGGUGUCCAUUUUAACAGACCUGACUUGCUAGGAAGACAUAUGGCUCGUCAUGCAAAGAGAGACGAGGAGGCAGGUGGCCCAGGCCUGGGUGUGCUUGAAACUCGCAAACGGACGCGGCGUGGGCCUGAUGGGACUAUUAUCACCAAACCGACCAAAAAGCAAGCUCGUGCGGCAAUGUUAAUGAGGCCCACGGCGUUGGCAGCGUCAUCCAUUCAAGUCACUGAGGCUGUACAUUCCUCUUCCACGUCGUCGUCCGCUUCUAUCCGGAGUUUUAAUGACAAGGCUGCUACCCCGGGCAGCCACAAUCAAGAUAGCAGUUCAAAUCUAACCUCGCCGCCUUCGAUUGCAGAGCUGAACUAUCACGGCCAGGACCAUGGCACUGUCUCUGUAGCUCCCAUCUCCCCGCCAACAUCUGUGCAUCCCUCAUGCUCGAGUGUCAAUUUAGACAGUGGCGCGCUGGAUAAUUGCCAGCCGGUUCAUCACUCUGAUCCUCUCAUAGCCCCUAUGGUGCCUGGGGGCCCUUACGAGCCGUACGCAGAGCCAAUCCCGGGCCAGUUCGAUGCUGCAGACGGUUCAUGGAGGAGCCAGGAUUUAGGACCUGGUAUGGACUAUGAGGAUUUUUUUGACUUGGAUACUGCAACAUCCUUUAACAUGCCAUUUGCCGCUACACAUAAUUACAACUGGCUUUUCGAUGUGACAUCAUUGGAUGACGCCUUUAACCAUAGUGACAUGUCGCUGGCUAUGGACAUGGUCAACUUUGCAGAACCGGUGCCUGAUAUGUGGUCACAGACUCAACAGCGUCAUAACGAAUUUUUCAGCCAACCCAUUUCCUCGGCAUCAGAAUCAGCAAGGAACCCUAGCAGUAUCUCAUCAGAUCCACCCAUUCAACCUUCCGGAGACACUUCUUCUAGUGUGGAAUUUCCUGUGGAUAGGAGCCAGACCUCCCCGUCGUCGCCUGGGCCAGACCUCCACGGCGACUCUUGA